GCUUUUUCAGCACGCCCCCCCCCAAACCCCCUCCUUGUGUUUCCCUGUAGUUAAAGGCUACACCCGGAAAGCAGCAGCGCUGGAAGCCAUGAAGGACUACAGCAAAGCCAUGGAUGUGUACCAACGCGCCCUGGACCUCGAUGCCAACUGUAAGGAGGCCGCUGAGGGUUACCAGCGCUGCCUGUUGGCUCAGUACAACCGCAACGACAACCCCGAGGAGGUGAAGCGGCGCGCCAUGGCCGACCCCGAGGUGCAGCAGAUCAUGAGCGACCCCGCCAUGCGCCUCAUCCUCGAGCAGAUGCAGAAAGACCCCCAGGCCCUCAGCGAGUGAGUGGGGCUGGGGGGGUCCCCGAGGU